AAUAUUGUUUACGAAAGCCGGAUAUUGUAACAAUUUCUACAACUAUACAUUGUGCUAAUGCACUUUCACUGUUUGAUUAAAUAGAGCGUAUCGUCCAAAGAAAAGAUCGUGAAAUACAGAAGUCACAAUUUCACUUACAAUUCAGUACGCAUGCAGUAUUUAUUCAGCAGACACGAACUGUUUGCUCAUCUUGCACUGCAAAUUGUAAACUAAAUCUAUUCAAUAACAAAAUGCACGAGAAAUAUAAAAUCUUUAUGUUUAUAAAUUCACGUUUAUUACAAGUAGUAAUAAUAGUGCUUAUUGUAAAUGUUGUCACAGCUAAUUUGUUGGACAAACUUAUAAAAACUACGUCAGCUGAAGAAACUUUAAAACAGAAAAUGGCAGACGUUUUAUCAGUAGGACAGUACUUUCAAGACAUAUUUUCCGAACAUCCAGCACCUUUCGAAAUUGAAUUUGGUCAUGUUUGCGAGAAUCCCAACGAAUGGGAACAGAGAUUCGAGCGGAAGGACUUUGAUAAUAAUCGCUACAGUGGCAAGAUAAAAUGGGGCAACAAAAAAGGAGAAUACGGCGAGCAUUAUUGGGAUUUAAAUCAUUAA